UUAAAAUUCCGACUUACAAACGAUGUCUCUGACAUAUUUUUCAAAAAUCCCAAAUACAUGCCAAAAUUGUUAGACAGUCUAGUUGGAUAACGAAAAGAAACCCACAAGAUGCCCCCGAAGGUAAAGAAGGAGAAGAAGGAUGUGAACAAGGUGACUCAGGUGGACAGGACCUUCUAUGAGCUGACCAUCACGGACCUCAAUCAGAAGUUGGCCCGCCUGCGAUCCCACCUGACCAGCGUCGAUGAGUCCAACAUAACGCUAACGGAGAAACUAAAGGAGGUAGAAUCCGAUGGAGUGGAUGUGGCGGCCCACUUGGAACGCACCUUGGCGGAGAGGAACAACUCGAUCACCGAACUGGAGGAGCGGCUGGUGGAGAUCACCAAGGUCCGCGAUGUGGAAAAUCGCUUGGCGCAGGAGAAGAUCGGGGAUCUGGAGGCUAAGUACAAGGCCAUGCAUGACCAAUUGACCUCUGAGAUAAAGCUGCUCAAUGGCAAGCUGAACUCCCUGGACGAGUUCCGCAUCCAAAGGGAUGUCCUGCUGGCCAAAUUUGAUGACCAGGAGGCGGAUCUUAAUGAGAGGGAGAAGGAUCACAAGGAGGCUCUCUACAAUAUGGAACAGCGGGCAGUGGUGGAAAAGGAUGCUUUGAAAAAGGAGGUGGAACAGAAGCUACUCCAAGUCUCCGAGGACUUCACCCGCUCCAGUGAGAUUCGCAAUGCUGGCUACACCCGUCGCCUGAUCCGCGAGAAUAUAGCCCUGCAAAAAGAGAUCGAUCUGCUGGUCAUGUCCCAGAUAAAACUCCAGCAGGCCUAUACUAACCAGAAGUCCAAGCACAAGGAGAUGGAGGAGCAGUACAGUGCCCUCGAUCAGAUCAAGAACGAGUUGGUCCGCAACUCCGUGAACAAGAUCAAGAUUAUCGAAGGUCUAACCCGUAACUAUGAGAAACUCAAGGCCAAAUAUGUAGAGGUUUUGCGCUACCGCAAGGCCUACGAAUCCCACAUCCAGGCGGAGAAGUGCGAGAAUGUCAAGCAGAAGGAUGCGGCAGCAAAACUCCGUAAUCUGGCCAAACGAAUGGAGAUUGUGGAGCUGGAGAAUCGGAAUCUGGAGGUGGUUCAUGCCCAGCACGAGACCGAGAUCACCCGACUGCGAGGUGUCAUCCAGGAGAUUAAGUGCACGGUGCGGGAUGCCAUUGUGGCGGAGCAGGCGGCCAAGACCUUCCCCGAGAGAUUGACCGAGGCCAAUGUGGAUGAUGCCACGGUGAUAAAGGAAGUCCGGGAGGAGGCGAUCUCGGUUUGUAAGCUGAAACGCAGCGAUUUGCUCUCCCAGCUCCUGAACAUUGUGAGCUCCCAUUCGGAGCAGCUGCCGAGGACUCCGUCGAUUGCCUCCAUUGGCAGUGCCACCUCAUCGCUAUACGCACCCGGUAAAAUGGGCUUUAUGCCCUCCCGCCCCAAGGCCACGCCCUUCGAUGCGUUCCGCAGCGAGGUCAUUGACCAGGAGCCGGAUCGCACCAUUCCGGAGGAUCUGCAGAAGCAGAAGAUGCAGGAUCGGUUGAUCACCUCGUUGCGCGGCGACGAGAACACCAUCAUCGAUGUGGAAUUCGGAACCACUUUGUAUGUUUCAUCGUCGCGCGAAGACGAUCUCAUCGAGGUGGAGGAGGAGCCGCUGGAGGAGCCGGAGGGUUCCACCAGCUCCAUGUCAAUGAAGAAGGCGAGCAGCGAGGGAUCCGUGGCCCCACCCGGAACCGCACCACUUGCCGCCUCCGCGUCCUCGAAGGUUAUCAAAACUGUGCCCAGCCUGGGAACCUUGGACACACUUACGGCCACUUCCAAAUUGACGGGCAUCACCAACGAGGACGAGGCCGAGGAGGAAGGCGAGGAGGAGGACUUCGACGUGCAGUUCAUCUACUAGCAGGCCUGUUUACAGUUCGUUGUAAUUUUGUUGAGACUUAAAU